AAAAGUCGUGUGUUUGGAAAAAGUGUGAAAAGUGUGAAAAUUGAAGCUUUCUUUGCUGAAAAAAUACGGAAACUUUGCUUCCUACAUUUCGUGCUAUCUUGAAACAGGUAAAAACAACCAUGGGUUCAUCAAAAAAGCAUAAACGAGAUUCUAAAAAGCAUAAACGUCGUUCGCGUUCACGUAGCCGCUCACCACGGUUCGAGCGUCCGGAACGUGAGCAUCGUCGUCGUUCUGAUUCCUACUCCGAGGAUAACGAUACCUACAACGAUGCAGUCCGCAGGCACAAGAAGCACAAACAUGAGCACAGCGAACAUAGGCACCAUCACAGCAGGCACUAUGAACGCGAACAUCGCAGUCAACCAGAGGUGAAUGCGGUGGACGAUGAUUCUGAUAGUUCGGAUUGUGUAGAAGUUCCGCUGGACGAUGUGAGUGCACCGCCACCGCCUCCCUCCAUCAGCCGAAAGUCACCGGGAUCGGAUGCAGUACCUUCACCUCCACCUCCCCCACAGGUACAGAAGCGUAGACGUUCACCGACGCCUCCGCCCGCCCCGAAGACAACAUCAUCCUCCCGGAAGCGGUCUGUAUCACCAAUUCCGUCUAACGGAGCCGGUGAUGUGUUGUCCGUAGAGGAAACGAACAAACUUCGAGCCAAGCUUGGUCUUCGACCGCUAGAAGUGGGACCUUCUAAAUCGCAACCGGAACCAUCGUCGAGAAGGCGUCAACGGUCCCCUUCACCUCCGCCACCACCAAAAGCGUCCUCCUCUUCUCGAAAGCGAUCUGUCUCCCCUAUCCCCGACAAUGGCGCUGGUGAUGUUCUUUCGGUUGACGAUACUAAUAAAUUGCGGGCCAAAUUGGGCCUUCGCCCGUUGGAAACGUCAUCCAAAAAGCGAACUCGUUCACCAACCCCGCCACCACCACCCAAGGCCUCUUCUUCUUCCGUUAGUAAGCGGUCCGCUUCACCCAUACCCGAAAAUGGUGCCGGUGAUGCAUUAUCAAUUGAAGAAACAAACAAACUGCGAGCAAAAUUAGGCCUUCGUCCUUUGGAAGUUGGCACUGGGACCAAAUCGGCAGACAGUUCGACAGCGAAAGGAGGUGAGCAGGAAAGCACCGAAAAGUUGAAGGAUGAUUGGGGUGAAUUCUACCACAAGCCGGCAAAGAAUUUGUCGGAGAAAACGCAGGAAGAAAAGAUACGUGACAAGUUGAAGGAACGAAGAGAAAAGCGAGCGAUCGAGGAAAAGCUCAAGCGUUUGAAAACGCUUGGCGAAGAAGACGAUGUGGAUGAUCUGAAGAGCUGGGUCGCAAAGACACGCGAUAAGGACCGGCUCAAAAAGGAGGCCGAAGAGCGAGCCCGACUGUUAGAUCAGAUGGAUGAAGAGCUAGUAUCAGGUGGUCCGGAUUUAGAUUCCUCCUUACGUGCGGGAUCUUCCCGAAGAGGUACCACCAACAAAGGCUCGUAUCGUGAUCGCGAUCUGGAAGGGCUUCGUGUGGAGCACGAUGUGGAAGCGUUCACAGAGGGACGACAGGUCAUACUAACAUUGAAGGACGCGAACGUGCUGGACGAGGAAGCGGGCGACACCCUGGUAAACGUGAAUAUGAUCGAUGACGAGCGGUACAAACGCAACGUCGAGAACCGGAAGGCAAAUCCGCAACACUACGGUUACGAUGUGUACUGUCAGGACGAUGUUGAUGAGUUCGGUAUGCCGAAGCAACGCGAAGUUCUUGGAAAGUACAACGAGGAAAUCGAAGGACAGCGCAAAAGCAGCUUUGUGAUCGGCUCGAACGCCGAGCAGGAAGCACAGGAGAAGCGUCGUUUGUUGGAGAUCAAAACGAAGCUGGAGAAGAAAAAGCUCGAUUCAUUAGAGACGACACCACUAACGCUGGUUUCGGAUUACUUCACCGAAACGGAGCUGUCGUCGUUUAAGAAACCGAAGAAGAAGGUUCGUAAAAUACGACAGAAGUUGCGGGCAGAUGAUUUGCUCGCCUCGCUGCCGGUCGAAGAAAGUAUGGCCGAUUUGGGAUCGCGUUCAAGGCGACACGAACGAUCAAGUACGCGGGUGGUUACGACUGAAGAUCGUAAAAGCAUAAGGGCCCGGGCUGCAGAAAUAUUGGAUACGGAUGAUACACCGACCAUCUCGGAAGAUCUGAGCACGGUAAAGCUGGAGGACACGGUGGAGGAUGAUGAAGAUUUGCAAGCGGCACUGCAGAAAGCGCGUCGCCUGAAGCAGAAAGAAGCGAUCAUUUCCAAAGCGCUGCCAAUUGAUCCGGAGCGUAUCAAGAGUGAGGUGAAAGAGGAACCGGAUAGUGGCGGUGAGCUCGAUCACCAUGGAGCAAUGUUGCUUAAUUCGACGGCAGAGUUUUGUCGUACGCUCGGUGAUAUUCCUACCUACGGAACCGCCGGUAAUCGUGAGGAAGACCCGAACGAAAUGAUGGACUUUGAGCGGGACAGUGCAAGCGAUCGUGAGGGAAUGGAAUCGGAUCCGGAGGAGGGUCCAUCACGGCGUCACAAUCAUAGCUCGCAGCACAGUGGCACCUGGAACUCGGUUAACACGGAACAGGAGCAAGAAGACAACCGUGAGCUAAAGGUGGAGGAGGUUGCAAUUCUGGACGAGGAACCGGAUGUUGCACUCAGUGUCGCGGGUGCGCUAAAGUUAGCCCAAUCGAAGGGUUACCUUGAGCGGGAAGAAAGUAAUCGUCCGAGCAAUGCGCGAUUCGCUCACUUGCAAGCUCAGAAUUACUCCAUCGAGGACAAGAACUAUGGUGAGGAGAACGACAAAUAUUCGAGGCGCGAUCGUUACGCCGGACCCAUAACGGAUUUUAAGGAGAAGGAAACAUUCAAACCGAACGUUAAGCUUGAGUACAUUGAUGACAACGGACAUCUGCUGACACCGAAGGAAGCGUUCCGCUAUCUGUCGCACAAGUUCCACGGUAAAGGCCCGGGCAAGAACAAAGUGGAGAAGCGGUUGAAGAAAAGCGAACAGGAGGGGCUGAUGAAAAAAAUGAGCUCCACCGAUACACCGCUCGGUACACUCAACAUGCUGCAGGCAAAGCAGAAGGAAACGCAAUCACCUUUUAUUGUGCUGAGUGGAACCAAGCAGAACACAAGCAUCAUCAAACAGAAGCGCUAAGACAUUCGUCGUGUAGUCAUAGUUCCUUUUACAACGAGUGUGUGUGUGCUUGUAUUUGAAUAUUUCCAACAUUAAAAUGUAUUUUUGUUUUCUUACUCAACCUUCUCGCGUUGGAGAUUUUAAGCAAUUCCAUAUGAGAAACAAAAAAAAGUGAAUCAAUAAAACAUGCCGCGUUAGCGGAUUGUAGUGGAAA